AUGGUGCCACCUGACGUGUGCAUGGUGCUACCUGACGUGUGCAUGGUGAUACCUGACGUGUGCAUGGUGCUACCUGACGUGUGCAUGGUGCUGCCUGACGUGUGCAUGGUGCUGCCUGACGUGUGCAUGGUGCUGCCUGACGUGUGCACUCCCGCAGCUCUUCUAACAGCACAGGCCACGACGUACUAUGUGGGGGGCGGAAUGAAGCUAAUGAAGCGGCACACUUGGUCGAAGAAGCAAAUGAAUCCGUGGAGCGUGGGCAAUAUGAAAAAGUGGAAAGCUCCGGCUGAAGUCAAAGUUGGGGACGAGUUCGUGUUCAUCUGGAACACCAAGGCGAAUGUGUAUCAGUACAAUGGCGCGGAUGAGGGGGAUUAUGACGAAUGUGCAAAGAAAUCCCAGCGAGGAACCAUGCUCUCCCCAACCUCCCUUUUUGGAAAGUAUACCUACAAGGUGGAAGAAUCAUGUGUAAGCCUCUUCUUUGCAAGCACAGUUGGAUGCAAGAAAGGGAUGAAGUUCAGAACAUUUGUCGCAUGUUAG